AUGCGUCGUGGCAUCCAUUGCCCAAGCUCGAAGCAUUUUGGAAUACGGUGUUUUCGACUUGUUGUCGUGGUCCUGACGCGGCCAUAUGUACUUGUGUGUAGCAUACCAAAUUCAAUCCCCUUGUUUUACUCUGCUGUAUUUCCAUGUCUCUCCAUCUCUUUCCUCUUGCCUCUCCCUGUCGUAUCGCGACCCAAUGGCCCACGUGACUAUCUCUCCAUCCAGGUUCACCACAGCGAAGAAUCAUGGACAGACGAUAUCGUAUUGUAUACAUCUAAGAAUCCUUACCAACCUAGUACACAAUAA